AUGACCGGUAUCGAGCGCUAUGGGUCGUCAGGUGCGCAUACGGUGGAGGGUAACGUGGCUGGAUCAGUUGCUGCAAAGUUGACAAAGCAGCGUGAGAAACAGCAAAAGGAGUACGAGACCAAGUGUGAGGAUAUUAAGAAGAUCAACCGUCGAGGAACUCGCAUCGAUGCGAAUUUCCAGUCGCAUCCGGACGACGACGAGACCGAGUUUAAAGCACGUUUGAGCCAAGAAUUGGCCAUUUUACUACUUCGUCAAACGGUGGGGCUCGUGACAGCUGAAGAGUUCCGGAAGAAGCGUGAGGACCUGCAGAACCGGAAAAACGUUUCGAUUGAGUUGCAACCAGAGGUACAGGAGAAAGAACUGAAGAAGACAAAGAAGAAGAAACGAAAAGCAAAAGUGAUGGGGUUACUAUCGUUUGAUUUGGACGGUGAAGAAGGAGCUGAGGAAGAAAUUGUGCCGUCGAAGCGUGUCAAGAAGAGUAUCAAGAACCCUGAAGUGGAGACGGACUUUUUGCCGGAUAAGGAACGGGAGAAGGAGGAGGCUCGAGAACGUCAGCGGCUCCGUGCAGAGUGGGAAGCGGAACAAGAAGUUAUUAAAAAUGAGAAUGUUGCAGUGACCUACAGCUACUGGGAUGGCUCAGGACACCGUCGGGAGAUCACGGUAUCUAAGAAGACGACGAUUGGCAAGUAUCUGGAGCUUGUGAAGCAGCAGCUGGUGUCCGAAUUUGCAGAGUUACGUGGUGUCGGUGCCGAGAACCUGAUUUACAUCAAGGAGGACCUCAUCAUCCCCCAUCAUUACUCAUUUUAUGAUUUGAUUGUGACCAAAGCGCGCGGAAAAAGUGGGCCGCUCUUUCACUUCGAUGUGCACGACGAUGUCCGUCUGUUACAGGACCGGCGCGUCGAGAAAGAUGAGUCACACCCUGGUAAAGUGGUAGAUCGCCAUUGGUACGAAAAGAACAAGCACAUUUUUCCUGCCAGUCGGUGGGAAGUGUAUGAUCCUAAUGUUAUCCGCGAGAAGUACACCAUCCAUGGCGAUUAA